AACCUUUUUGGUCCUUCUGGCUUUCCGGAAGCGAGUCACGUGGUCUAGAAAAGUUAUAAAUAGAGGUGCAGCGCGAGCCGUCUAUGCUCGAGCGCAGAUGAGAGUGACAGUAUGGCGUCCACCAGCCGUGGAGAUGCUCUUCCUAAGGUGCAGUGCCCUAAUCACCCCGACGCCCUGCUGGUGGAGGACUACCGCGCCGGCGACAUGAUCUGCCCCGAGUGUGGCCUCGUCGUCGGUGACCGCGUGAUCGACGUCGGCUCGGAGUGGAGGACGUUCACGAACGAAAAAGCCACCAAAGACCCGUCACGUGUCGGUGACGCCCAGAACCCGCUCCUCAACGGAGGAGACCUCACUACGAUGAUCGGAAAGGGAACGGGUGCUGCGAGUUUCGAUGAGUUCGGCAACUCGAAAUAUCAGAACCGGAGGACGAUGAGCAGCUCGGACAGAGCUAUGCUGAACGCCUUUAAAGAGAUCAGCACCAUGGCGGACAGGAUAAACCUGCCACGAAACAUCGUCGAUCGUACGAAUAACCUGUUUAAGCAGGUUUAUGAACAGAAGAGUCUGAAGGGCAGGAGUAACGACGCUAUCGCUUCAGCAUGCCUCUACAUCGCGUGCAGACAGGAGGGAGUCCCCCGAACGUUUAAAGAGAUCUGCGCCGUGUCCCGGAUUUCCAAGAAGGAGAUCGGCCGCUGCUUUAAGCUCAUCCUGAAGGCUCUGGAGACGAGCGUGGACCUCAUCACCACCGGAGACUUCAUGUCCCGUUUCUGCUCCAACCUGGGCCUGCCGAAGCACGUGCAGAUGGCGGCCACCUUCAUCGCCAGGAAGGCCGUGGAGCUUGACCUGGUCCCGGGACGCAGCCCGAUCAGCGUCGCCGCCGCCGCCAUCUACAUGGCCUCUCAGGCCUCGGCCGAGAAGAAGACGCAGAAAGAAAUCGGAGAUAUAGCCGGAGUAGCUGACGUCACCAUCCGCCAGUCGUACCGUCUCAUCUACCCACGAGCCGCUGAUCUCUUCCCUCCAGACUUCAAAUUCGAUACGCCAGUGGAUAAACUGCCUCAGCUGUGAAACACACACACACACACACACACACACACACACUGUUCUUUCUAUUCUGGUUUUCUUUUGUAUUUGAUUGCGAAGGUUUUGCUCUUUACCCCGAUGUGGCGAUUUUUGAGAUUUACAGGAGACACAUUCCACGGUUUAGCGCUAACCGUAGCUCAGACCGUACUGAAACCACGUUUCAUUUGUGUGUAUAUAUUACUGUACAGAAAUCACGUGAGAAUUUAAUUGGUGGACACAACUAAGCCGAUUUCAUACUGUAAACAUUUUCUUUUGUAGGAAACGAGUGAGUUAUUUUGUUUAGUGUGUUUGCAUUGUAUUUAGUAAUUUAAAACAAUAAAUGCUUUUCAGAAAAGCA